UCGCGCUGGCAUUCGCCAAUUGAGCCAUUGGCUCAAGAAAACGAAAAUUGGCUCAAGAAAAUUCCGAUUGGCGAAAAUCGUCAAAAAGUAUGACUUUGGACUUUUGGGGAAAACCUACGUACUAAAAAUAGACAAGAUUGGUAGUUUUCGACCUCGCUUUGAAAUAUCGCGUGACUGAUUUUCCAAUACAUUGCCGAAGGCGCUCCAGCGAGAGAUAAUUGUUGGGCACAGUCUACUUGAUUGUGUAUUUUUAGAAGCGGGUCAUGGUCGCAGUUUGUCAGCUGUGUGGCAAUUAAAAGGAUGACACCUUCGUCAAGGCCUAACUAAACUAAAGGAACCAGCGUGGGAGCCAUCUGGUCUAGUCGCGUAAUGGCUGCCAGACCAUACAGACUGCUUGUCAGCAAAGAAGUUGUCCUCAAAUAUGAAAAUGGCCCAACAGACUGCGCUUGGGAAGAGCGAAGCUGCUAUCACUGCUGCGCUAAAGAAUGUAUAUUUUGCAGCGAAAAAUGAUCUUGCCAACUCCAUGGUUCCCGAGUUGAACAAUCUCUGUCUGAAACAGGGAGUCUCACAGAUCAGUGACCUUAAAGUGGAUGCCCACACAACAUAUGAGCAUCACAGUAGUAUUGGGUGCCAAGUAAUUAAUCAGCCAGGGAAAAAUGAAGUCGGCGAUCGAGCUCAUGAAUGCAACGCCGACGAUUAUUCGAUUGUCGCCGAUUGUUGGCCCAUCACUAGUGACAAGGUAAGAAAGACGGCACAAAGAACAAACAUUAUGUCAGGUCAGGAUGAUGUUAAUGGUACUAGUACAGGAUGUGAAAUAACCUCGCAGGUUUCGCCUACAUCCAAUGUUAUUUAUGUCGAUGGGAAACCUGCUCAGCUUGUGCAAGGACGCUGUCCUUAUUGUGGAAUUGGAAGACCAACAUACGAUGUUACUCCAGCUGGCAUUAUUUGUUUCAUUAUUUGUUUCAUUAUUUUCCUACCGCUUGGAGUAUGUUGUUUUUACACAAUGUUGGAAACAAAAUGUAGCCAUUGCAAAGCUCCCCUUUGACAAUAUUUCUUUGACUCUGAACAACAUAAUCUAAUUCCACUUCAUCCUUUAAUUUAAAAUGUAUGCAACGUUAUAAAAAGUACUCAUCGAGUAUAUUUGAGAACAAGACUCAUAAACUGUUUUGUCCAUGGGAAUAUUAAAGAGGUUAUGAAAAAUAUCUGAUAAAGCUUAAUAAAAGUGUAAAGAUCA